CCCGCCCCGGGAAGCCAGCAGGCAGCGGCGGGCAUGGGCAUGGGCAAGGACAUGGGCGCCCAGUACGGAGCGGCGAACCCGGCCUGGGCAGCGGCACAACAAAGGAACCACCCGGCGAUGAGCCCCGGGAACACCGGGCAGGCCAUCAGCAGGACCCAGCAGGGCAGCGCGAUGGACCCGAUGGUGAUGAAGCGGCCGCAGCUGUACGGCAUGGGCAAUAACCCUCACUCUCAGGCACAGCAGAGCAGCCCCUACCCCGGGCAGUCCUACGGCCCUCCCGGCCCCCAGCGCUAUCCCGUGGGAAUGCAGGGCCGAGCCCCGGCAGCCAUGGCAGGAAUGCAGUAUCCACAGCAACAGAUCCCACCUCAGUAUGGUCAGCAAGGUGUAAGUGGCUACUGCCAGCAGGGCCAGCAGCCGUACUACAACCAGCAGCCGCAGCCCCAGCACCUGCCGCCCCAGGCACAGUAUCUGUCGCAGGCCCAGCAGAGGUACCAGGCUCAGCAGGACAUGUCUCAGGAAGGCUAUGGAACCAGAUCUCAACCCCCUAUGGCCCCAGGAAAGCCUAACCAUGAAGACUUGAAUCUAAUCCAGCAAGAAAGACCAUCGAGCUUACCAGUUGAAGUCUUGGCCUCCGAGGAUGCUACAUUUGGACACAAGGAUUUGUCUGGAUCCAUUGACGACUUGCCGACUGGAACUGAAGCAACCCUCAGCUCAGCCGUUAGCGCAUCAGGCUCUACGAGCAGCCAAGGGGAGCAGAGCAACCCUGCACAGUCUCCGUUUUCCCCUCAUGCUUCUCCACAUCUCUCUGGCAUCCCUGGGGGCCCAUCGCCUUCCCCUGUAGGCUCACCCGUUGGAAGCAACCAGUCAAGAUCUGGUCCCAUUUCUCCAGCGAGUAUUCCAGGCAGUCAGAUGCCACCACAGCCUCCUGGCAGCCAGUCAGAAUCCAGCUCCCACCCUGCCUUGAGCCAGUCACCAAUGCCACAGGACCGAGGUUUUAUGGCAGGCAUACAGAGGAACCCCCAAAUGUCACAGUAUGGACCUCAACAAACUGGACCUUCCAUGUCACCACACCCUUCACCUGGAGGUCAAGUGCAUCCUGGAAUUGGUAGCUUUCAGCAGAGUAAUUCAAGUGGUACUUAUGGGCCUCAAAUGAGCCAGUAUGGACCACAAGGAAACUACUCCAGACCACCGACGUACAGCGGUGUGCCCAACACAAGUUACAGUGGCCCAGGACCUGGCAUGGGUAUAAAUGCCAACAGUCAGAUGCAUGGACAGGGGCCAAGCCAGCCUUGUGGUACCAUGCCCCUGGGACGGAUGCCAUCAGCUGGGAUGCAGAGCAGACCAUUUCCUGGAAACAUGAGCAGUAUGACCCCCAAUUCUCCUGGCAUGUCUCAGCAGGGAGGCCCUGGGAUGGGCCCACCCAUGCCGACUGUGAACCGUAAGGCACAGGAGGCGGCUGCUGCAGUGAUGCAGGCUGCUGCAAACUCCGCUCAGAGCAGGCAAGGCAAUUUUCCUGCCAUGAAUCAGAGUGGCAUUAUGGGAUCCAGCUCUCCCUACACUCAGCCGAUGAACAACAGCUCUGGCCUGAUGAACCCGCAGGCUCCUCCUUACAGCAUGGCACCCAACAUGGUGAACAGCUCAGCAGGUAACGCACCUAUGGGUCUUGCAGAUAUGAUGACACCCGGUGAGUCCAAACUCCCCCUUCCUCUCAAAGCAGAUGGCAAAGAAGAAGGAGCCCCCCAGCCCGAGAGCAAGUCAAAGGAUAGCUACAGCUCUCAGGGUAUUUCUCAGCCCCCAACCCCAGGCAACCUGCCAGUCCCUUCCCCAAUGUCCCCAAGCUCUGCUAGCAUCUCCUCAUUUCAUGGAGAUGAAAGUGAUAGCAUUAGCAGCCCAGGCUGGCCAAAGACUCCAUCAAGCCCUAAAUCAAGUUCCUCCACCACAACUGGAGAGAAGAUCACUAAAGUCUAUGAGCUAGGAAAUGAGCCGGAGCGCAAGCUGUGGGUGGAUCGGUACCUGACGUUCAUGGAGGAGAGGGGCACUCCUGUGGCCAGUCUGCCAGCUGUGGGCAAGAAGCCCUUGGACCUGUUCAGGCUCUAUGUCUGUGUCAAAGAGAUCGGAGGUUUAGCACAGGUUAAUAAAAACAAGAAGUGGCGUGAGCUGGCAACCACCUUGAACGUUGGCACUUCGAGCAGCGCAGCCAGCUCCCUGAAAAAACAAUACAUUCAGUACCUGUUUGCCUUCGAGUGCAAGAUUGAGCGAGGGGAGGAGCCCCCUCCAGAAGUCUUCAGCACUGGAGAUACCAAGAAACAACCUAAGAUUCAGCCGCCAUCUCCUGCUAAUUCUGGUUCCUUGCAAGGCCCACAGACUCCACAGUCCACUGGUAGUAAUUCCAUGACAGAAGUGCCAGGCGAUUUGAAGCCCCCAACACCAGCAUCCACACCUCAUGGACAGAUGACACCUAUGCAGGGUGGCAGAAACAGCGCCGUCAGUGUGCAUGAUCCCUUUUCUGAUGUAAGCGAUUCAGCGUUCCCAAAGCGAAACUCCAUGACGCCAAAUGCACCAUACCAGCAGGGAAUAAACAUGCCAGAUAUGAUGGGAAGGAUGCCAUAUGAGCCGAAUAAAGAUCCUUUCGGUGGAAUGAGAAAAGUGCCUGGAAGCAAUGAGCCUUUCAUGACCCCUGGACAAAUGCCUAACAGUGGAAUACAAGAUAUGUAUAACCAGAGUCCAUCUGGAGCAAUGUCCAACAUGAGCAUGAGCCAGCGACAGCAAUUCUCUUAUGGAAGUGGCUAUGACAGGAGGCAUGAACCGUAUGGGCAGCAGUAUCCAGGACAAGGACCUCCCUCAGGACAGCCACCAUAUGGAGGACAUCAACCUGGAAUGUAUCCACAGCAGCAGAACUACAAGAGACACAUGGAUGGCAUGUACGGGCCUCCAGCCAAACGCCACGAAGGGGAUAUGUAUAACAUGCAGUAUGGCAACCAGCAGCAGGAAAUGUAUAACCAGUACGGCAACGCUUACACAGGGCCUGACAGGAGGCCCAUGCAGGGACAGUACCCUUAUCCAUAUAACAGGGAGAGGAUGCAGGGCCCAGGACAGAUGCAGCAGCAUGGAAUACCUCCCCAGAUGAUUGGUGGCCCCAUGCAGUCGUCAUCCUCCAGUGAAGGUCCUCAGCAGAACAUGUGGCCAACACGAAAUGAUAUGCCUUACCCUUACCAGAACAGGCAAGGUCCAGGAGGCCCUGCACAGGCCCCUCCGUAUCCAGGGAUGAAUCGCACUGAUGAUAUGAUGGUACCUGACCAGAGGAUAAACCACGAGAGUCAGUGGCCUUCUCAUGUCAACCAACGGCAGCCUUCUUAUAUGUCAUCCUCAGCUUCCAUGCAGCCUAUCACUAGACCUCCUCAGUCAUCCUACCAGACACCACCCUCUAUGCCAAACCACAUCUCCAGAGCUCCAAGCCCAGCGUCCUUCCAGCGCUCGUUGGAAAACCGUAUGUCUCCAAGCAAGUCUCCUUUCCUGCCCUCCAUGAAGAUGCAAAAGGUUAUUCCCACAGUUCCAGUGUCACAGGUCACAGGACCUCCACCCCAACCACCACCGAUUAGGCGAGAGAUUACCUUCCCCCCAGGCUCUGUAGAAGCAUCCCAACCAGUCUUAAAACCAAGACGAAAGAUUACCUCAAAAGAUAUCGUAACUCCUGAGGCCUGGAGAGUGAUGAUGUCUCUUAAAUCUGGUCUUUUGGCUGAAAGUACCUGGGCGCUAGACACUAUUAAUAUUCUUCUGUAUGAUGACAGCACUGUUGCUACUUUCAACCUCUCUCAGUUGUCUGGAUUUCUUGAGCUUUUAGUAGAAUAUUUUAGAAAAUGCCUGAUUGACAUUUUUGGAAUCCUUAUGGAAUAUGAAGUGGGAGAUCCAGGCCACAAAGCACUUGAUCACAAAGCAGCCAAGAAAGAUGAUAGUCAGUCCUUGGCAGAGGAUACUGGGAAAGAUGAGAAUGACGAAUGUAUUGACUAUUUUGAUGAAGAUGAGGAGGAGGGGGAGGAUGAAAAGGUAGAAGGAGAAGAAAAGAGCGUUGUUUUUUCCACUCCUGGUGCCAUUGCUGAUCCAAGUGAGAGGCCAAAACAAGCUAGUAAAUUUGACAAGCUGCCAAUAAAGAUUGUAAAGAAAAAUAAUCUAUUUGUUGUUGACCGAUCUGACAAACUUGGACGCGUUCAGGAAUUUGAUAGUGGACUUCUCCACUGGCAGCUUGGUGGUGGUGACACAACUGAGCAUAUCCAGACUCACUUUGAAAGCAAGAUGGAGAUUCCACCACGCAGGAAAGCCCCUCCUCCCUUGAACUCUCCAAGCAAAAAGAAGGACCUCGAGGGGAAAGGCGAAUCUGAGGAGCAACAAGAAAAGAGCAUAACAGCAACCAUUGAUGAUGUCCUCUCAGCUCGGCCAGGAGCAUUACCUGAAGACUCAAACUCUGGCUCCCAAACAGAGAGCAGUAAAUUUCCCUUUGGGAUCCAUCAAGCCAAAAGCCACCGGAAUAUUAAAUUGCUAGAGGAUGAGCCAAGGAGCCGGGAUGAGACUCCUCUAUGCACCAUAACUCACUGGCAAGACUCCUUGGCCAAACGCUGCAUCUGUGUGUCAAAUAUCGUCCGUAGCUUGUCUUUUGUGCCUGGCAAUGACACCGAAAUGUCCAAACAUCCAGGCUUGGUGCUGAUCUUGGGAAAGUUGAUCCUUCUUCACCACGAGCAUCCAGAAAGAAAGCGAGCGCCGCAGACUUACGAGAAAGAGGAAGAGGAGGACAAAGGGGUGGCCUGCAGCAAGGAUGAGUGGUGGUGGGACUGCCUCGAGGUCUUGAGGGAUAAUACAUUGGUCACAUUAGCCAACAUUUCUGGGCAGCUAGACUUGUCUGCUUACACAGAAAGCAUCUGUUUGCCAAUUUUGGAUGGCUUGCUGCACUGGAUGGUGUGCCCGUCUGCAGAGGCACAGGAUCCUUUUCCAACCGUGGGGCCCAACUCAGUUCUUUCGCCUCAGAGACUUGUGCUGGAGACCCUGUGUAAGCUCAGUAUCCAGGACAAUAAUGUGGACCUUAUCUUGGCCACCCCCCCGUUCAGCCGUCAGGAGAAACUCUACGCUACUUUAGUUAGGUACGUUGGGGACCGCAAAAACCCGGUCUGCCGAGAAAUGUCCAUGGCGCUCCUAUCGAACCUUGCCCAGGGGGACACAUUAGCAGCAAGGGCAAUAGCUGUGCAGAAGGGAAGCAUUGGAAACUUGAUAAGCUUCCUGGAGGAUGGGGUCACUAUGGCCCAGUACCAGCAGAGCCAGCAUAACCUCAUGCACAUGCAGCCUCCGCCUCUGGAGCCGCCUAGCGUAGACAUGAUGUGCAGGGCAGCCAAGGCCUUGCUGGCCAUGGCGAGAGUGGACGAGAACCGCUCCGAGUUCCUUUUGCACGAGGGUCGUUUGCUGGAUAUCUCAAUAUCUGCUGUCCUGAACUCUCUGGUUGCAUCUGUCAUCUGUGAUGUACUUUUUCAGAUUGGGCAGUUAUGACAUAAGUGAGAAGCCAAGCAUGUGUGAGUGGAGAUUAGAGGGUCACAUAUAACUGGCUGUUUUCUGUUCUUGUUUAUCCAAUGUAGGAAGAAGGAAAAAAAAAGAAUCUUUGCUCCUCUGCCCCAUUCACUAUUUACCAAUUGGGAAUUAAAGAAAUUAUUAAUUUGAACAGUUAUGAAAUUAAUAUUUGCUGUCUAUGUGUAUAAGUACAUCUUUUUAUUUUAUUUUUUUUAACCAAAGUUGCUGUCUAGUACAUUCAAAGGUCACACUUUUUUUUUCCAUAGAUUAUCCUUUUCAAUGUUCUUUUCCAUGUUUGUAUUGCAUAUUUUUUGGGAAGCGAACUAGUGACUUUUUAAAAAAAAUGUUAUGGCAAACCAUUGUAUGACGGGAAAAAAAUCUCACCACUUUGAAACAAAAAGGUG